UGUGGCACGACUCAUUCGAUCAGACCACAGCGGAGCAACUGCCACUGAAGCAGACAAGUGAAGAUGUCUCCGGUCAUUGACGUCGCUCCUCUUCUUCACCCCUACAGAGACAGAGAUGGAAACAGAGAUUCGUCAUCCCAAGGAAUUGUACCUUCAUCACCUUCCAACGGCGCAGGUCCUCCGGCACCUAAUCAACGCAUCGCCUCACUCGACGUCUUCCGUGGCCUCACCGUUGCGUUGAUGAUUUUGGUUGACGAUGCUGGAGGAGCUUUCCCGUCCAUAAAUCACUCUCCGUGGUUCGGUGUUACACUUGCAGAUUUUGUAAUGCCAUUUUUCCUGUUUCUUGUUGGUGUCUCCGUUGGUCUAGCAUUCAAGAAAAUAUCAAACAAGACAACUGCCACCAAGAAAGUCAUGCUUCGUGCUGUAAAUCUCUUCCUCUUGGGGUUGUUACUGCAAGGUGGGUAUUUCCAUGGGCGUAAACACUUAACAUAUGGAGUUGAUGUCAGAAAGAUACGUUGGCUAGGUGUACUACAGAGGAUAUCGAUUGGAUAUCUGUUGGCUUCAAUGUCGGAAAUCUGGCUUGUUAACAACAUAAUGGUCGACUCACUGGUUGAUUUCGCUAGGAAAUACUACAUUCAGUGGUUGUUUGCUAUAGGAUUGUGCUCAUUUUAUAUGAGCUUGCUGUAUGGUCUCUUAGUUCCAAGUUGGGAAUAUGAAGCUCCGCGUAUGGAUUUGUCUGCUCUUACCUCUGGUACUCAAACUAUUUAUUGUGAUGUGAGAAGCAGUCUUCAACCUCCUUGCAAUGCUGUUGGUUUUAUCGAUCGCGUUAUUUUGGGUGAACAUCAUCUUUAUCAACAUCCCGUUUACAGAAGAACAAAGGAAUGCAGUAUUAAUUCUCCCGACUAUGGACCGCUGCCACCUAAUUCUCCUGGCUGGUGCCUUGCACCAUUUGACCCAGAGGGAAUCUUAAGCUCUCUGAUGGCUGCUUUUACUUGUUUUGUGGGAUUGCAUUUUGGGCACAUAUUAUUGCAUUUUAAGGACAAAAACCAGAGGGUACUGUUAUGGUGCAUGUCUUCCUUUCCUAUUCUAAUCUUUGGUUUUGUUUUGGAGAUGCUAGGUAUUCCUUUCUGUAAACCACUGUACACACUGAGCUAUGCAUGCAUUACAGCAGGAGCAUCAGGCUUGAUCUUAAGUAUUAUCUUCUACAUAGUUGAUGUCAAACAUUGCAGAAAGCCCACAGUAUUGUUGCAAUGGAUGGGGAUGAAUGCGCUCCUUAUAUAUGCUUUUGCUGCUUGUGACCUUUUCUCAGUAGGAUUGCAAGGUUUCUAUUGGCAGUCCCCUGAAAACAACUUGGUUGAUGGAGCUGAAGCAUUACUGCAGGUGAUAGUCCACUCAAAGAAUUGGGGUACCCUAGUGUUUGUAAUACUUGAGAUUUUAUUUUGGGGUCUUAUUUCUGGCAUUUUACACAUGAAAGGCGUAUAUAUAAAACUGUAAUAAGAUGUCAAACCUGUGCCCCAUGUAUUAGCAAAAUCUUUAGUGGGCAUUACAUUUGUAAGUUUGGAGGCACUGUAUAUUACAAACGUAGUGACCAAGCCUCCUCUUAGUUGUAACUCGAGUUGAAAUUAUUCUAAUAUUCAGAUAUAUUAUGACUUUCUUUUGAAAAGAA